GGCGAGCCCCGGGCGGGCCGGGCCCCGGGGGUGCCCCCGUCUCCGCCCCUCUAUCCCGCCGGAGCGGCGUCUCCCAUCGCCCGCCCGCUCCUCUGCGCCGGCCCCGACUCCAUGCACUCCAGUUAUAGAGGCGGGGGCGCGCCCGCCGCGCCGGGGGCGCGCGUCAGUGCGCGGGGCCGGGGACGCGCCGCCCGCUCCCGCGGGGCCCCGACGGCUCCCGACGGGCGGAGGGGGAGAGGGGCGGCCGGGGCUGCUCCGACGCCGUCGGACGGCCGCGCGGCUCCCCUGACCCACGGGCACGCGCCGCCCCCGCGUCACCCCCCCCGGGUUCCCCCCCCAGACGUCAGCACCCCCCCGCCCCGGGUCACGUUCCCCGAGAGCCCCGAGGAGAGAACCCCGAGGGCCGGGAGGGGGCGGGUGGGGGGAGCGGCGGGGCCCCACGGUUUCGCUUUAUUAACCCGAGCGGAGUGUCAGAGCCUCCGGCGGCAGCCCGGAAUCCUCUGCCCGACGGCGGCGGCCGGAGCGGCGCCCGGGGCAGGGACAGAGCCCGGGGAUCCCCCCGGGGCGCUCCCCACUUCUGCCCGACGGGCACCGGGGAGAGAACGAGAGAGAGAGGAACGUGCGGUGCUGCGGGACCGACUGCUGCCCGAGGGGACGGGCGGGACGGAGCGCGCCGCGGCGCGACAGAGCGAAGGGAAAGCAGAGAGCGGGCGGCGGCGUGCGCUCCUCGCUCGGCCCAACGGCCCUCCCCUCUGUCCUCCAUGCGUCCCUCCUCCCCUCCAUCCCUCCCUCCUCCUCUGCGGGCCCUCCCUUCGGGUCGCAGCGUGGCAGCGCGUGGCACGGGGCUCCGGCUCUGAGGUGCCGGGGGUCCUCUCGGCGACGCGCUGCCCCACACUGAUGCGCACACGCAUGCAGACACCGAUGCACACUGACCCGCAUCGGCACGCUUGCACACGCAGCCACACGCCCGCAUGCAGGUUCCGUGGUCCCGCAUCCUCACCGUGCCGGGACCGCGCUGCCCAUCGCCGCGCCGGAGUUCCAAUUCGUGGCAGAGCGUAAUUUGUGCGCGAGCGGAGAACAAACACUUUACCCUAAACUGUAAUACACUGUGAUGUGUGAUAGACGUUAACAAACACAAUCCCACAUUACAUUUAAUUUAAUUCCACUCUUCCUGCCCCGAGCUACAGCUCCCUUCAUUUUCAUUUCUCCUCUGAAUUCCCACAUCUCAGACCUCUUUGAUUUCCAGGUUUAAUUAACAAUGCUCAUUAAACGAAUUUUUAUUCAUUUCUUUUAAUAUUACCCCGCCACCUGUCUUUAGGAGGCAAAGGCUCAUCAUUUAUUCUAAUUUAUUUCUGUUAAAGAUGGCAUUUAGGAGGGGGAGGAGGGAUAUGAGGAGGUAAAGGGCCGAUCUGCCCGCAUCUCUCCUCCCCCCCCGAUGCUUUUCAAGGACGCUGCUCCUGAAAGUUCCCUGUUUAUUUUCCUGCAGAUCCGUUUCAUUUGGUGAGAAAAAUCGGAUUGGACAUGCUGUAUUUCUCAGUGAUGUUCCAGUUCAUUCUUAGAGCCCCUCGCUCGUCUCUUCCAUACAAUGCCCAUUCUUUAUUCAUCUGAAAGAGGUGAACCUGCAAGAUGCGGUGAGCACGGCGAGUGGGGAAGCUGUGCUUCCAUCCUCAAAUGGGGUCGUGCAGAACUGAGCAGACCCCCACUGCCCCCAUCCCCUCCUGCAGCACGAGGCCUCUGCAGUGCCAAAGAGUGGCCUUAGGAAAGUCCUCAUUUGAUUGCCAGUGCUCUUGGGAUGAUCGAAGACACGGUGAGGUAAAACAUGCUGAGAUAGGGCUUGCAAUGGAGUUGUGACAUUUAAGCUUUGGCAGCAAGAGGGAAUGUGCCUCUGCUCCUUUGGGGCCCUAUCCAUGUUGCCCAAGCUGUGGGAAGGGGUUGGUUCCUGCAGAGCUCGUCCCAGCGUUGCAGAUGCACUGGGAAACAACGUGCUGCUUGCUGCAGUCCUGCUCUGUGUGGGCAGGAGAGGGGCACAGCAGCACCUGGCAGCAGCACCCAUAGCUGGGCUGGCAGAGCUCAGUGUGGCCAAGGAGUCACCUUCACGGCCCCAGCCCCGCUGCACCCCAUAGAAUCACUCAGGUUGGAAAAGACCUUAAAGAUCACCGAGUCCAACCACGAUGUUCUGCAUGUUUUCCAUGUGUUGCACCAGGAGCAGUGCUGGCACACCAGGACCUGCAGGUGGGCACAGCCCGGGGUGGCAAAGCCCCAUGGCACGAGGCCAUGCACCGCUCCUGGGAAGUGCUGCUCUGCCAGAGCCUGGGGGGUCAGUCUGGGAUAGAGGUGGUUGGUCUGGGCAGAGGGGUCAGCCCAGUGGGGGCUCUGGCAGAGCAGUGGGGUGCCUCAUCCUCACCCUGUCCUCUGCCGGCCUCCAGGAGGGCAUUUCAUGGCAAAGAAAGAAUAAACUGUGUUGUGUGCCGAGCAUCCCUGAGCGGGUCCAGCUCUGGACGGUCCUCACACCAUGGGACACUCUCUGGGUUUGCAACCAGGGAGCGCAGCUGGGUGUUAGCAGGCAGUCUGUUUGGGCACUGAAGGCAAUAGGGAAAGGUCCUCAGGUUAGGACUGCUCUGGUCCUGGAUAGGGCCAGCUAAUGUGGGGUUAAUGCUGUCAGCCCAGCACCACGAACCUCCCUGAGCCGGGGGCACUGGGGAGCUCCCACCUGCUGAUACAGCCACCUAUCUCUCAUUAACGCUAACGAUAGCCUUUUAUUAACAAGCCCUCACCCUUUGGCUGGAAGCAGAGAGUUGUGUGGGAUUGAGAGGAGCUGAGGUUAAAGAAUCUGAUGGGUUGGAUGAUGGUGAUUAUUUUAUUCCUGACAAUUCCAAAAUGUGUCUCUGACUGUUGCAGUGAAGCUGCCCUGCGCUGCAGGACGAGCUGUUCCUGGGAGGCCUCCAGCCCACGCACACGAGGGCUGAGCUGGUGAGAUCAGAAAGAUACUCCUGAUCAACAGCAGAUGCCUCCUCUCUGCUUACGUAAGGCACUGGUGUUUAUGGAUUUGAGCUGGAUCUUUGUAUAACGCUGGAGUCCCUGUAGUCAGCCCUCCUUUCAGGGCAGAUCCCCGCCUGUUUUUUCUCUCCAUCAUCCCAUACCGCAGCCCCCAUCCAUGCACGGCAGCAGGGUCAGCGCUGCGUCCAGCUGCCAGCCCGGACUGCCUCUCUCAGAGAGCUCCUAUGCUGACACCUGGUGGAAAUGCCUCGAAAUGCCCUCGCGGAGCUCUGCGCUGUGCUGAAGCCACCCUUGGCUCGUUCAGCUCCUGCUCUGUCCCAGCCAGGCGGCUGCCUCUGCUCCCAGGGCACCCUGGCAAAGCCAGCAGUACCGCUGGUUUACUCCUCCACCACACAGCUGUGCGUGCGUUUACACCUGGAUUCCUUCUUCCGUAACUCAGACGGUAGUUCUGUGUCUGCAGGGAGAUGCUGAGGUGUAGUUCACUUCAUUUUGUUUUCACAUUU